UCCCUCAAACCCGGAAGCGUUCCUCACUCGGCCGAGACUGUUUUCCAUUCAGGCUGCUGCGCUUUAAACCAGCCUGUAUCUGGAGAUCUGCUCUCAUCGGGGGUCUGAUUUAUUCUCCUGUAGACAGAUUAAGGUCGAGCAGGCAUGGCUGGUCGGUUACCGGCGUGUGUUGUUGACUGUGGCACGGGGUACACAAAGCUCGGAUAUGCAGGAAAUACAGAGCCUCAGUUCAUCAUACCAUCAUGUAUCGCAAUCAAAGAGUCCGCCAAGGUGGGAGACCAGGCCCAGCGCAGGAUGAUGAGAGGCGUCGACGACCUGGACUUCUUCAUCGGGGACGAAGCCAUCGACAAACCAUCGUAUUCAACAAAGUGGCCGAUCCGUCACGGGAUUGUGGAAGACUGGGACCUGAUGGAGAGAUUCAUGGAGCAGAUCAUCUUCAAGUACCUGCGGGCAGAACCUGAAGACCAUUACUUUCUUUUGACAGAGCCUCCCCUCAACACACCAGAAAACAGAGAGUACACAGCAGAGAUCAUGUUCGAGUCCUUCAACGUCCCGGGUCUCUACAUCGCUGUUCAGGCUGUCCUGGCGCUGGCUGCCUCCUGGACGUCCCGACAGGUGGGAGAGCGGACCCUGACGGGGACCGUGAUCGACAGCGGCGAUGGAGUCACACACGUCAUCCCCGUGGCUGAAGGUUACGUCAUCGGGAGCUGCAUCAAGCACAUCCCCAUCGCUGGCAGAGACAUCACAUACUUCACCCAACAGCUGCUGAGAGAGCGAGAGGUGGGGAUUCCUCCGGAGCAGUCCCUGGAGACGGCUAAAGCUGUCAAGGAGCGCUUCAGCUACGUCUGUCCGGACCUGGUGAAGGAGUUCAGCAAGUACGACACAGACGGCUCCAAGUGGAUCAAACAGUACACGGGAAUCAACGCCAUCAGCAAGAAGGAGUUCACCAUCGACGUGGGCUACGAGCGCUUCCUGGGGCCUGAGAUCUUCUUCCACCCUGAGUUUGCAAACCCAGACUUCACUCAGCCGAUCUCUGAGGUGGUGGACGAGGUCAUUCAGAACUGCCCCAUCGACGUGCGGCGUCCUCUGUACAAGAACAUCGUGCUCUCUGGAGGCUCCACCAUGUUCAGGGACUUCGGCAGACGCCUGCAGAGGGACCUGAAGAGGACUGUGGAUGCACGGCUGAAGAUGAGCGAAGAGCUGAGUGGCGGCAAGUUGAAGCCAAAGCCCAUCGAUGUGCAAGUCAUCACUCACCACAUGCAGAGGUACGCGGUCUGGUUUGGAGGAUCGAUGCUGGCGUCUACACCUGAGUUCUACCAAGUCUGCCACACCAAGAAAGACUACGAGGAGAUCGGCCCGAGCAUCUGCCGCCACAACCCCGUCUUCGGAGUCAUGUCCUAGGAGCCGUCGCCGGCGUCACGAGACCUCACGCGCUGUGGAAGUCCCAUGAGCCUUUGCACGGAUGCUCCAGACACACUUGUCAUUCUGAAAUCGAGCGGACAGCGGACCAAACAAACUGCCAAACAAGCGGCAAAAUGUCCCGGAGGAAAAAAAAGAAGAGGUGACUCAGCCCAAAAGGAUCCUCGACAUCAAAUGUUUACUGCGAGUAGGUUUAAUAAUAGGUGAUCAAUCUUUCAUUUCUGCGUGCCUCGUGUGUGUACGUCUAAUAUCCUCACAGGGUUGUAAUAUGUCAUUAAUCAACAGGAGUCCUGUAUAAACUUCUCUGCACUUCUCUGUGUAUAUGGGUCGGGUUCUUCGGUAUGUACUCUAAAAAAUAACGAUGCAGGAAGCUCUUAGUUAGAUCCUUUUCCACGUAAACAUGAAAUAAAGACGCUUCUUGAAGCAUUAAGUCAUGAAACAGGAGAAAAAAAGACGUUCAGACCAUUCCUGAUUAUUCUUCUGUCUCUUUCUUUAAAUCGAGCCUCGAGGAAAAAUUCAUUUGAACAUGAAUCUUUAAAAAAACAAACAAAUCAAGGCAUUUAAAAAAAUCAUGAAGCUGUUCAAAUCAAUCUUUCCCAGGUGUUGUUCUUUUUUUACUUGUAUUAAUCAUCUCUGGAACAAAAAAAAAGUUGUAUUAAUAUAUGAACAGUUUGAACGACUGUUGUUGGACCAUCACUGUUGCCUAGAUCUCAGUUCUACUGGAUAGCCUUGUACUGUACCAAAUCUGGAUUUCAAUGCUGGCAUUCCAAUAAAUGCCAAGGAGGUAUUUC